CGCAAUGCCGUAUCCUUUUUCGGAACAGAGUUGAAAAUCCAAAAUCCCAAAUCUUUCCCCAAGAACGCGUUCUCGAUCAACCUACUCGUACACGUCGUACCUUCACCGUACUACUCGAUGAAUACCGGUAGGCACGAGCGAUGCGAUGGGACAAAAACAUCCUGUCACCUCGUUGGGGCAACGAAGACAACCAUACGCCGGAACGAACGAUGAUCCGAGCGUUCCAGAAGACCGACUUGCGGCGUGUGGCAUCUGUGGCAUUGCUGUUUUUGCUGGCAACGGCGGACGCAUUUCGUACCACCCACCUCCCGGCUCCAAGGGCAUCCCCAACGACGGCCAAGACGACAACGAAAACGAAAACGAAAACGAAAACGACAACGACAACGACAACGACAACGGCGAUGCGGUCGUCCACCGGCACCGGCGGCGCGGGCGACGAACCCCCCGUAACGCACGUGGUGGUCGCCGGCGCGGGGGUCAUCGGCGUGUCGACGGCCUACUACCUCGCCAAGAACUUUGGGGUCGCCACCACCCUGGUCGAUCCGACGGGGACCAUCGCCCCCGCGGCCUCCGGAAAGGCGGGCGGCUUUCUGGCCCUGGACUGGAACGACAACUCCCCGGCCCUCGGCCCCCUGGCCCGCCGGUCCUUUGCUUUGCACGAGGAGCUCGCGGACGACCUCGGGGCGGACACCAUCUCGUACCGGAGGCUCGAGUGCGUCUCCGUCCCGGUGGGGGAAAACGGGGGCCGGCGUCCGGCCGGCCGCAAGCUGGAGGGCAUCGAGUGGGCGGAGGGAGCCAACGCGAUGGGGGACGCCUCGGUCCUCGGUGGGACCCGGACGAUCGCCCAGGUCCACCCGAAGAAGCUCUGCGAUGCCAUGUGGGAGCGGGUGCUGGAGCUGGCGCCGGAGAGCAAGCUGGUCCGCGGGAGGGUCGUCGCUCCGGAGGACAAAGACGGAGACGCCGGUGCCGACGCGGCGGUGGCAGCCAGGCUGGAGGACGGGAGCCUCCUGGAGGGGGACGCCCUCCUGUACUCGUGCGGGCCCUGGACGGCCACCAACAUGUACGGAACCAAGUACCACUCCCUGGUCGUUCCCACCACCAGGGUCCUCCACCAGUGCGUCUUCUUUUCGGGCCUGGGGGAUCCCGAGGUCUACGUCCGGGGCGACUCGACGGCCUACUGCACGGGCUUUCCGGACCCGCCGGUGCGGGUCGCGGAGCACCCGGGGGAGGAAGAAGUCCGGCCGGAGGCCAUCGACCGGAUCCGUGAGUCGGUGCGGGCCGCGUCGUCCUUUGCGGACGGCGCGAGCACCAGCUACCUGGUGUUGGGAGACGACGGCGACGACGGCCGCCAAGCGCCCCUGGAACAGGCGUGCUACCUCCCGGGCACGGCCGACGGGAUCCCCAUGAUGGGGAGGGUGCCGGGGAAGGAACGGACCUACGUCUGCGCCGGGCACACGUGCUGGGGGAUCCUCCUGGGGCCCGCCUCCGGCGAGGCCAUGGCCCACGAGAUUGCCGCCGCGGGGGGGAGAGGAAGCUCCCAGCCCUUCGUGGACCUGGGGAUGUUUUCCCCCGGGCGGUUCGGAAGGCCGCUCGAGCUGGUCCCGGCUUUCGGUCCGGAGCGGUGACCGCCGAGAGGGCACGCCGGCGCACGACGAAGCGGGAACGCGGUGGUUUUGCCGGAUCGCCCGUGAGGACGUCGUUUACAAGCUGAAUUCUUUCUGUUGUGUACCCAGCCCAAAUUGGGUUGCU